AUGAGCGAUCCGACAUGGAUGGAUCAGUCAUAUUACGCAAGCGUACCCCAUUCCGAAGUAAAUUGGGCACAAUUGGCUCAGAAUUGGAUUUCUAUGCGAAAAGCUGAAAUUCCUGCUGUUGGAGAAGAUUUGCCCUCUUCAAUUCCUCCGCCUCCUCCUCCAGGUACUAUUUGUAAUCAAAUUGAAGCAAUGUCAACAAAUGGAUCGUAUUUGCCUCCUCCACCUAUCAAUUUUGCGCCUCCAGAUAAUUCUGGUUAUCCAGUUCCACCUUCAAAUUGGAUUCCACCACCACCUCCACCUGCUAAUUAUCUUCCAUCAAAUGUACCUUUUCCUCCUCCUCCUUUUCUUCCUCCUGUUCCUCCUUGGAUGGCUGCACCACCAAUCGGUGGGCCACCGAUAGAUUCAUUCGGUCAUAAUGAAGGUGAAGAAGAAGGCGAGUGGGAAGAACAGCAAGAGAAGAAAAAAGUAGAAGAAAAUGAUGAUCAAGAAGGAAUUCCUCAAGGUGCUAUGGCUCAUUGGUUGGGCCAAUCUUCAUGGUCACCAUCUUCAGCUUGGUAUCGUCAGUCAGAUCGAGAAGUUCAACCUAAUGCGCCUUAUAUUGAUCAACAAACACGAAAAGCUUUACCAGCAUGGAUCAGAGAAGGUCUAGAAAAAGCUGAACAGGAGAGGCAAAAGAAAUUUUUAAAAGAAGAAAAAAUGCGUUUGGCUGAAGAGGCUGCAAAAGCGAGAAGAGCUGCCAAAGGCCUGGGGAAAUUUGACAGUGAUAGCAGCGAUAGCGAAAGCGACACAAGGAACUCUGAUAAAAUUGAUGGGGAGCCGAUAUUUUUAAAAAAAAAGAGAGAAAGAGCCAUGAAGCAACAGCAAGCUAUCGAAAAGAAUGCUGAAGAUGAAGUGGAUCUGCGAACCGAUGAGGAAAGAAAGGAAGAUGCACUGAUGCUUUUGCGUCGAUUUAUGACAGAAAUUCUUCUUGAAACUACUGACGAAUUAUUAAAAAAUACCGCAAUGAAAACAGUCGAAAGUGAGCGUCUCAAAUCGGCUCAACCAAAGGUUCUCGCGAAAAGUUCGGCUCUGGCCGCUUUAUCUUCACUUGGAGUUGAAAGCGAUGAUGAAGUCGAUGAGAAUGACAAAACGAAAAUAAGAAAUUCUGAUGUCGAAACUGAUGAUGAACGUACGCCAUCGCCGAAUGAUAAUAUAUCCAAAGUAUCAACAUCACAACGAAAAUCAUCCGGCUCAAAGAGUAAGGCAAAGUUAAGUAGCCAUGAUGAUGGAUACCAUUCUUCUGAACCUAAUCAAGAUAAGAAAAGAGAACAAAGUGGAAAUCCUGAGUUUAACAAAAGUAUUGGCAGUGAUAAAUUUGCAGGCACGAAAUUUAAUAAGCUGAAUGCAGAUGAUCGGAAUUCAAGUGAUGAAGCUGAGAAAAAUCGAGGUAAAUCUGAAUCAGCUGAAAAGACUAAAGUUGACAAUCGCUCAUCGCUGAGAAAACGUUUAAGGAAAAGGUCGAGCAGUUUCAGUAGGGAAAAAGAGAGGCGAAGAAAAAGAAGUCGAAGCUUUAAACGGCAUUAUUCACAUAGUGGGAGCUCCGAUGAGGAACGAUCUGAUAGUGCAAAUUCUGAUGAUCGUCGUUCUCGUAGUAAAGGUUUUUCUGGUCAAAGAAGUAGAAGUCGAAGGCGUUCUCGGAGCAAAAGUUCUGGUCGUCGCUAUUCUCGCAGUAAAAGUCCUGAUUACCACCGCUCACGAACUCAAGAAGCAGAAGUAAAUCAAGAUCACCAAGUCGAUAUAGGAAUGACUCCAGGCGUGAAACAAGGUAUCGAAAUAAAAGUUCCGCGCAAAUUGGUGAAUGGUGAAGUUUUUAAGGCUUCAUAG